AUGGCGACCAACGGCUCGAAGAGGCGUUCGGCAAACUUCCGGCCGAGCGCUUGGGAUUACAACUUUGUUCAGUCACUCAGAGGCGAAUAUGGGAGCAACAUAUUGAAGUCGCGUUUGAUGCAGGAGGUGGAACACGUUGAAAGGGUCACGAAGCUGAAGGAAGAAGUGAAGGAUCUUAUCCGUAGCGAAAUGCCUUGGGUGGAGAAGCUCGAGCAGAUCGACGCCGUCCAACGGCUAGGAUUGGGAUACCACUUUGAGCUGGAGAUCAAGAGCGCAUUGCAAGCCGUUAUAAAUGGCACAGACAAUAGCGCCUGGAGUUUUGAUGAUGAUCUACAUGCCACGGCGCUCCGAUUCAGGCUUCUCCGCCAAAACGGCUUCAAUAUGGAGCAAGGGGUGUUUGAAAGAUUCAUGACAGAAGAUGCGAGCAGUUUCAAAGAAUCCCUAAGGGAAGAUGUUGAGGGUUUAUUGAGCCUGUACGAAGCAUCCUUCUAUGGAUUUAAAGGUGAAGCCAUCAUGGAUGAAGCCAAGACUUUCUCUUCUACGUGUUUGGAAAAUCUGAAGGAAAGCCAUACUUGGGCAAAAAAGGUAAAUCACGCUUUGGACAUGCCCGUUCACUGGAGGCCCAACAGAUUGGAGGCCAGAUGGUUCAUGGACAUGUACGAGGAAGUUCAGUGCGAUCGCUGGAACCCCGUCUUGCUCGAUUUGGCUAAGCUCGAUUUCAACGUGGUGCAAUCAAUUUAUAGAGACGAAGUCAGCAAAUUAGCCAGGUGGUGGGUAAAUUUAGGGUUGAACAAGAUGGAGUUUUGUCGGGAUAGACUAAUGGAGCACUACUUAUGGAAUGCUUUAAUGGUCUAUGAACCACAAUUCGGAGCUUUCAGAGAGAUGAGCACGAAGAUCACGUGUAUGAUCACGUUGAUGGACGAUGUUUAUGACGUUUUCGGCUCAUGGGAAGAACUUCAAAUAUUGACGAAAUUCAUCGAGAGAUGGGAUAUCUCGGAAAUCGACAAGCUUCCUCCAACGAUAAGAACUUGUUUCCUUGCCAUGUACAACACCACGAAUGAAAUUGGCUAUUGGACCAUGAAAGCGCAAGGCUUCGACAUCAGUCCCUACUUACACAAAUUGUGGAUAAAUCAAGGUAAGACGUGGUUAGAAGAAGCAAAGUGGUAUCAUGAAGGCCACAAACCAACGCUCCAGGAGUAUCUCAAUGCUUCAGUGACAUCAAUUGGGGGACAUGUUGUAUUGGUUUUCUCUUACUUCACCACUUCAGACAAGCUAUCCAGAGAAACCCUAGAAUAUUUAUGCAGUAUCCCCAGCGUUAUGUAUUCCUCCUCCCUGAUUCUUCGGCUCACGAACGAUUUGAGCACCUCAUCGGCUGAGUUGGCGAGAGGAGAUAAUUUCAAGUCACUCCAUUGCUAUAUGAACGAAACGGGAGCUUCUGAAGAAGCGACUCGACAUCACCUGAAGAACCUGGUGCGAAAAGCUUGGAAACAGAUGAACGAAGACGUCAUCGGUGCCAACCCGUGCCCCGGACCUUUUCUCGGCGCUUGUUUGAACCUUGCGCGAGCGUCUCAAUUGUUCUAUCAGUACGGGGACGGCCAUGGGAUUCCGGAUCGGGAGACUAAAGACAACCUCAAGUCGAUCCUCAUCCGACCUGUCCCGAUAAAGCAGCAGCGAGCAGCUAAACGUUCCUCCGAUUAACCACGCCAGUUACGUCGCAAAUAAAA